AUGUCCCAUGUGUCUCACACACAGACUGGUACUAAUUUAAGGCUGUAUUUCACUGACAAACCCAGGAAAUUCUGCUUUUCCUACCAAGUCACUGCUACAGGAUCCUUAAAAGACUGUUCCAUUGCAGGGCCUGUGGAAAGAAAGGUGCUUGUGAAUCUUCAGAAGUUAGAUGUGGCUCAGGAUAGUCUGGGAAACAAUGGCUUUUUCACUUUGAUUUACAAUCAAGGCUUUGAAAUUGUGAUAAAUGACUACAAGUGGUUUGCAUUUUUUAAGUACAAAAAGGAAGGACAGAAUGUAACCAGCUACUGCAAUGAGAGUCUACCAGGAUGGGUACAUGAUGUACUUGGCCACAAUUGGGCUUGUUUCAGCGGACAUAAGAUUUUUUCAUCUCCCUCAGAUGUUCGCAUAAAUGAGCUACCUCUCCAGAAGCCCAGGGGAAGACUUUCAAGCAGACGCUACGUGCACAACUUUGACUUUGUAAAUGCUAUCAAUGCUCGGCAGAAGUCCUGGAGAGCAACAAGAUACAAGGAUUAUGAGAACUUUGCCCUGGAAGAGCUAACUAGAAGAGCUGGGGGUCUCUCUUCCAGAGCUCCAAGACCAAAGCCUGCACCUCUAACAGCAGAGUUACUCAAACAAGUUUCAAGCUUGCCAGAAUCCUGGGACUGGAGAAAUGUGAAUGGUGUCAAUUAUGUCAGCCCCGUUCGGAAUCAAGGCUCAUGUGGCAGCUGUUAUGCAUUUUCCUCCAUGGGCAUGCUGGAAGCAAGAAUACGUAUCCUCACAAACAACACUCAGAAACCAAUCUUUAGUCCUCAGCAGGUUGUGUCUUGCAGCCAGUAUUCUCAGGGUUGCGAUGGUGGCUUCCCGUACCUCAUUGCUGGAAAGUAUGUCCAAGACUUUGGUGUGGUGGAAGAGGACUGCUUCCCUUACACAGCCCAAGAUUCUCCAUGCCUUUUCAAGCGCAGCUGUUACCACUACUACACUUCUGAGUACCACUAUGUUGGUGGUUUCUAUGGAGGCUGCAAUGAAGCCCUGAUGAAACUUGAGCUUGUUCUGCAUGGGCCAGUGGCUGUUGCCUUUGAGGUUUAUAGUGAUUUCAUGCUUUAUAAAGAGGGGAUCUACCAUCACACUGGGCUGCAGGAUGACUUCAAUCCUUUUGAAUUGACCAAUCAUGCUGUCUUGCUGGUGGGCUAUGGUACAGACCCAAGAAGUGGUGAGAAGUUCUGGAUUAUGAAGAACAGCUGGGGCACCUCGUGGGGAGAAGAUGGUUACUUCAGAAUCCGUCGUGGCACUGAUGAAUGUGCAAUUGAAAGCAUUGCAGUGGCUGCAACUCCUAUUGCAAAAUUAUAAAUGCAGAGGUCUUCAUCCAUUCAGUGCCUUGUCCCCAGCCAUAAGGACAUACUGAUUGUUAGAAACUGGUUGAAAUCUAUCCCCAGCUUGAAAAGGGGAGCUUUAAUGACAUUUUCCAGAACAGAGCAAACAGUUUCCCUAGGUGAGAGGAUGACCACUGUUAGCUCUGCUCUGUGCACUGAAGGCUUCCUCUCAAGUCUGACAGCAGAUCACCUAGAAUGCAAUGGCAGUUUUGGUAACAGUGGUGAUAAUUAUUCAUCACUGGAUAUACAUCUUCAGUCACCAGUUGCAUUUUCCUCUGUGGACAAUCUUGAACUUCAAAUCUCAGAGGGAAGCGUCUGGUAUGAUAAUCUGUAACUACUCUGAAAGGA